CGCCAAUGCGUUUUAAACGUCAAGGUCAUUCUUGUGUCGUCUUCCGCGGCAGUCUGUACGUCCUAGGAGGAUACAGCGAUACGCGAGACGCGCUCAAUACCGAAAAGUAUGAUCCUGAAAAUAACACGUGGACUGAGAUCCCUGACAUGAACUACCAUUCAACAUGCUUAAAAGCAGAAGUGAUCGACGACACGUUAUUUAUUAUCGAUGGAUUUUUGAAGAAGUGCAUCGCAUAUUCCGAUGACAAGGAAAAUCGAUGGUACCAGGCGAAAAAAUACAAUGUUUGCAGAUUCGGGAUGUCGAUUUGUGUCGUCAAGGACCUACCGAACGCAAAAGAUUACGCCUACAAACACACGGACAAAUUAAUGGAGGGGAAACGCAAAAGAGAAGGAGGAGAAACGCAAGGAAAGAAGGAUCAGAAACGUAGAAAAAGGAGGAUAAACAUAGAAAUGUUAGAUUUGGAAAAUCAGUAGUACAACCACGACGAACACAUUAAUUUUAAUUAAUUUCAUUACGAAAAUUAUGUAGAAAACUGGGAAUUGAUGUAGGACCUACAAAAACAAAUAAAAAUAUUGUUUGCAGCAAACAAGGAAAAAUUAUUUAUUCUCGUUAUUUUCUGCUCAAGAAGUCUUAUUGAAAUUAGUUACUUUACAGACGUUUAAUAUUACCAUCCAUCAACACACAGCAGUUUCACCUUUCGUCUUGUAUUAAAUAAACCCACUUGUGGCGACAUGUUUCGAGUUACGAAACCGUCUUCAUGGUAUUAGGGGAAGAUUAUGAACAUCGUUUAUAAAAACGCCAUUACGAAGGCAACACACUGAGAAUUUUGUAUCGAUUUCUGAUCUACGUGUGAUAUUUUAAAGAAAUUGCACAAAACCAAAUUUGGCUGAGUUGCUCCAAUAUACCGGAUAAGUGCCUGGGGAAAUACCAACCUUUUCAAAUGGCAUCAAGAUACAAGACAUUCUUUCAGUUAAAAGAUGUUUAUUUAUUUAUUCACGGUAUUUUUAAGUAUUUUAAUGUAAAAGUACAAAAUAUUACGACAAAAUACACAAAAAUAAGAACUUGAAUUUCGUUAAGGUACAUACGAAGUAAUAUAAAAAUGUGACAGCUCUAAUCAAACGGGGAACUCGAAGCAUGUUUCCAAGAUAAAAUCUAAUACAGAAUCAGCUUAACAGAUCAUAAACCGUGCCUGAAAGAAGACUUUAGGCCUUAUAACUGCCUGGUACCUGGACAAUACCUCACCAGAAUGCGCCACUAUCC